AUGAAUUUUAAUAAUCCUGGUCAAUUAUUUGCUCAGCUAGCCGGAGGCCUUCCUUAUGCGCAGCCUGGACACCGUCCACCAUCUGCUUACGAUGAGUACUUGAGGGCAUAUAGCGUAGCGAUGCUGCCAGGACGAGAGCGAGAGAAUGUCUCUUAUGGUGGCAAGAUCAUAAUGCCCCCAUCGGCUCUUGCAAACCUUACGAAUAUGGAUCUAGAAUCGCCUUGGAUGUUCCAACUGCGUAAUCCCACGAAUCCCGCCGCCUCUACGCACGCAGGUGUGCUCGAAUUCAUCGCCGAAGAGGGUGUCGUUCAUUUGCCUUAUUGGAUGAUGAAGACUUUGCGUUUGAAUGAAGGAGACCCUAUCCGAAUUACUGGAGCAGAACUGCCCAAGGGAAAGUUCGUCAAGCUGCAAGCACAGACCGUUCACUUUUUGGAGAUUUCAGACCCUAAAGCCGUGCUUGAGCAAGCUCUACGGAAUUUCUCAGCAUUGACACAGGGCGAUAUUAUCGAAAUAUGCUAUAACUCCAUAAUAUUCGGACUGCUUGUCAUGGAGACUAAUCCAGGUGGCGAAGGAAUUAGCGUUCUGGAUACAGAUCUUGAAGUCGAUUUUGCUGCGCCUGUGGGAUACAUCGAGCCCGAGAGACCAAAGGCGCCACCUCCCUCCACCAUGGCGUCGAAGCUUCAAAAUCGAUCUCGAUUCUGCUUCCCCAGGUUCUUCGCGGCCCGGGUCAUCAUUGAGUGGUGGAUUUGCCGCUUUAAGGGUAAAGGGGAAACACUUGGCGGACGGAAGACGAAGGGAAGAGGUAUCAGUCACCGAAAAAUCGAAGAAGUGGCGGAAGGAAGCAAAAUCAUAAAAUCGGACAAACACCGUAUCGUGUCUAACAGUACUCUGGAUUCUGAUGUCAAAGUUCCGGCCGCUCUGAACUUGCCUUUUGGCAAGCUGUUCUUCGGAUUCAAUGUAACACCAUAUGUUCCUCCAGUAGCCCCGGCAUCCUCAAACUCUGCUGCCGACACAUCUUUCACCGGUUCUGGGCAGACGCUAACGGGUAGAGGUGCCGGUCAAUCGUCGGCUUCGACGUCCAAGGGUAAAGAAAAGGCCACCGAGGAAAGUUCUGCGUCAACGUCUUGGAGCGCGCUGGGAUCUGGACAAACUCUGGGUAAUCAAGCCCCCAGGGAGCUUGGAACUGUCGGAGCUGGAGGCGCGCGGGUGCCCCGUAUACCGCGGAGAAAUAAUGCGACGCCACAGCAGCAACAGAAAGCCAGGAGUCCGUCCCCUGACUGGGGUGUGGAUGAUGACGAUGUUAUCAUGAUUGACAGUGACUAG